CUCAUCCGGGCGUCAUCUCAAAAUUUGAAAAACCACCCAGCUGCGAUGCUAGGUCGACGAUGAACCCAAGCGACCCGGGACGCAGGGCCGGUGACGACGUCCUCGAUCCAUCGCUUGUCGGCGUGCUUCCUGUAAUUCCACCAGAGUCCUCCGACAGGCAGCCACGCAACAAUGCCGCCACUGCAGCCACCGCAGCCGGCGUGCGCGCCUUCACAGCGCAGGCCAUUGCCUUCUACUUUCGUGCGCCGGCCAAGGCCUUCUUCAGGAUGCGCGUGGACUACCUGGCUUAUGCGCGAAAUCUGCAGCAGCAGAACCACAGCUACAUGGUCAACAACCUCCCUGGCACCGCCACCAACGGCAACGGGAAAGGCAACGGACAGGUUGCGAGGCAGACAUGGUGGCAGUGGUGUCGGUCUGUUGUGAGCCGGACGACGCCUGGUGUGCUCGUCUCGGCGGUGCGGCACUCUGGAUGGCGCGUGAUUCCAGAUCAGGUUCUGCCGCCUUUAAUCGCCAACGUCAGCGUGGGAGCCGUGCUGUACACAAGCUAUCUACAAAUUCUCGGCCAGCUUCAUGAAGAUAGUGGCAAGGCAACGAAGAGGGUGUACCCGCCGCCACGGCCAAGUGAGACGUUCACGGCUGGUCUGCUCGCUGGUGCCCUGCAGAGUGUGAUCGCCGCACCGCUAGAUGCGAUCCAGGCUCGUUUCGAUCGAGGCGGCCAGGGGCCAGAGCUCAUAAAUGGCAGUGGCCGGCCUCAGAGCAUGUGGUCGUUCAGCUAUGCCAAGCUUCGAGAGAUCGGGAUGCGGGGCAUCUUUGCUGGCUGGUCUCUGUCUCUGGCCAAGGACAGCCUCGGAAGUGCCGUAUUCUUCAGCAGCUUUGAGUAUGUCAAGGCCCAGAGCUACUAUAGUUUCAUUGCCUGGUACUAUGGCGAUCUCAGUGAGGAUGUGGUCAAUAUUCUGUCGCGAAGACAGCCUGGCCAGGACAAAAGCGCCCACCACGCCAAGACGAUCCAGCCUCAUUACUCCAUCGAACCCGCCUUCCUGAUGCUUGCUGGAAUCAGUGCCUCAUUCGCUCAGCAGGUAGUCCUUCACCCCUUAGGCCACGUUCAGGUUGAACACUGGGAGCAUCUCGAAUACCUCGACGCGCAGGCUCGAAAGAUUCGCAAGUACACCCAGGCCAACGCGCCCAAGUCCAAGUGGCAGUGGAAGAUGAUACAUGCCUACUACCAUGCGUACAGGGAGACGUGGGCACAAUGCGUGGCACAGGCUAAAGUGCAGGAGGGCAGUGGACCUAAUGCCAUGAGGAGAUGGCUGUACCGUGGAUUCUGGUGGAGCACUAUCCGGCAGGUUCCGAGCACCAGCGCCGGACUGGUUAUAUUUGAGCUGGUCCGACGGAAGUAUGGGCUCGGCGGGGAACCGGUGAGGAUCAACAAGGAUGGCUAUGACAUUUUACUUGCUUAGAUGGCGGGAUCUUAUCAUCACGUCUAGACGGCGCGGCGUUGUGGACAAUUUUCUUUUCUCCUGAACAAACAGCAUUACCUCUCAAUCCAAAGGCGUCUACAAUUCGGGCUGCGUCAUGAAAGAUCAUCAUCCUACCAAAAGAUGUGCGAUAGGAGAGGAUCUAUUGCACGCCAGUCCCAAGACCAACAUUACAUAUCAGAGAUCCACUCCUCUAUCAAGGUUCUAAUUCCCAUCU